AUGUUACGAAAAAGAAUACUGUUCUUAUUGUUGCUUGCUUUGGCGUAUGGUGAAUCACAACCGGAGUCAUACGGAUACUUCACGUAUAAAAGACCUGAACUACCGGUAUACACUCACCGGGAAACUUUAGUCCCAAGCAUUUCAAUACCUGCCGGAAAUCCUAGUUAUUAUAUACAACAAACACCAGGCUUUAAUAAAUUAAACGACCCCGUUUCGCCACAAAACCAGAAUAUGCCGUGUGACGUCAAACUUCCCAAAGGACCGACUAACAUAUUUAUUGUUUAUCCUGAGAAUCAAAAGCCGCCAACACAACCUUGUGAUCAAAACAAAGAAAAAGAGACGUUAAUUCCAGAAAAAGAGAGUGAACCUAAGAUGCCAGAAACAACACCCACAGAACUACCUAAGCCAGAAAAAACUGCUGCACCAUUCCAACCACCUAUGCCAAAAGAGCCUGAACCUUGCCAAACAUUACCACCAAACCAAGAAAAACCAAUCAUUCCACCACCACCAACUACACUACCGCCAAGGAUACCAGUACCUCGUCCAACUUUACCACCUACAUUACCACCUCCAUCAUCUACAGUAGCUCCAAUAGUAACGGAACCUUGCCCUACACAGCCACCUGUACAACAAAAACCAACGUUGCCUCCUCCACCACCAACAAAACCACUCCCGACCCUGCCACCAAUACAGAAAAUACCAACUCUACCACCCCCACCUCCAACUAAAGCACCAGUGCCUCGUCCAACACUCCCACCUAAAGAAAAGAGACCAACUUUACCAACUCCACCUCCUACAAAGGCCCCAGAACCAUGUCAAACAUUGCCACCUAUACAAGAAAGACCAACUCUACCACCUCCACCUCCAACUAAAGCACCAGAACCGUACCCAACACUGCCACCUGUACAAGAAAGACCAACUCUACCACCCCCACCUCCAACUAAAGCACCCGUAUCUCGUCCAACACUGCCACCUAUACAAGAAAGACCAACUCUACCAUCCCCGCCUCCAACUAAAGCACCCGUACCUCGUCCAACACUGCCACCUAUACAAGAAAGACCAACUUUACCACCUCCACCUCCUACAAAGGCACCAGAACCUUGCCCAACACUGCCACCUGUACAAGAAAGACCGACUCUACCACCCCCACCUCCAACUAAAGCACCCGUACCUCGCCCAACACUGCCACCUGUACAGGAAAGACCAACUCUACCACCCCCACCUCCAACUAAAGCACCCGUAUCUCGUCCAACACUGCCACCUAUACAAGAACGACCAACUCUACCACCUCCACCUCCUACAAAGGCACCAGAACCUUGCCCAACACUGCCACCUGUACAAGAAAGACCGACUCUACCACCCCCACCUCCAACUAAAGCACCGAAAGACCGACUCUACCGCCCCCCACCUCCAACUAAAGCACCGGUACCGUGUCAAACAUUGCCACCUGUACAAGAAAGACCGACUCUACCACCUCCACCUCCUACAAAGGCACCAGAACCCUGCCCAACACUGCCAACUGUAAAAGAAAGACCAACUCUACCACCCUCACCUCCAACUAAAGCACCCGUACCUCGUCCAACACUCCCACCUAAAGAAGAGAGACCGACUCUACCACCUCCACCUCCUACAAAGGCACCAGAACCUUGCCCAACACUGCCACCUGUACAAGAAAGACCAACUCUACCACCCCCACCUCCAACUAAAGCACCCGUACCUCGUCCAACACUGCCACCUAUACAAGAAAGACCAACUCUACCACCUCUACCUCCUACAAAGGCACCAGAACCUUGCCCAACACUGCCACCUGUAAACCAACUACCACCCCCACCUCCAACUAAACCACCUGUACCUCGCCCAACACUGCCACCUAUACAAGAAAGACCAACUCUACCACCUCUACCUCCUACAAAGGCACCAGAACCUUGCCCAACACUGCCACCUGUAAAACAAAGACCAACGCUACCACCCCCACCUCCAACUAAAGCACCGGUACCUCGUCCAACACUGCCACCUACACAAGAAAGACCAACUCUACCACCACCAACACCAACUAAAAAACCAGAACCUUUCCCAACACUGCCACCUAUACAGGUAAGACCAACUCUAUCACCCCCGCCUCCAACUAAAGCACCAGAACCUCGCCCGACAGUACAUACUGAUUGCGCAAAUGGUGAAGUUUUUCCUAUAAAUAAUGGCAACUGUGAUCAGUACCUCAUGUGCUACUUUGGGAAGGUGGUGCUGAUGAAUUGCCCAGCUGGUCUGGCUUUCAAUGACAAAACAAAAAGCUGCGAUUGGCCAGUGAACGUGCCGGCUUGCAAUCCCCGAGCAUUUGAAGGUUUCACUUGCCCAAAUGAAAGCUAUGGUCAUGACGAUGAACACAUUUUUAAAUAUAGGUAA